AAGGAAAAGCUGUCCGUUUCACUUUUUGGAUACCGAACCAGAGGGAUAGCCCAGAGGAUUGAAGGGAAGUGUUAGAACGGUUGGAAGUGUUGAUCUGUGUAUAUUAGCUGGCAAGCUAACGUUACGUUAGCUGUGGCGUUCUCUCAAAUACCGUGUGUUUUAUAUUGGCUAGCAGACCUCUGUGUGAACAUUUAUAGACUUAAGGUAAGGUAAGAAGCAGACGAGGAGCUGUCGCAUCUCUAACUGAUUAUAAUAACGUGUGUAUCUUUCGAGAUGCCCUUCAGUUGUGGAGGGGGACGUUGCUUAGCUUGCUGCCAAUAGAUUAAGCCAGGAUAGCCUCGAUAACUCUUGCUUCACAACAAACUACUGUAGCCUUAGUCAGCUAAACUAACAUUUUCAAUCUGGCUAUUUAAUAUUGCAAUGGAGCUUUGCCUUGGGGCAAGAAGUGGUAAGAGACGCGAUGCGGGUCAGCGUCUGGCAGUUUAUUAGUCUACGUGGAGUCUUUCAUUGAAGCAUGAUUAGCCGGCUGCCAAUCAUUUGGGUGGAAAUCCACCUAGCUGAAUAUCUAGUUGACGUGAGCUAUCCCAUGAGCUCACUAGUUACAUUGUUUCAGCCAAGCUUCACAGGAAGGAAGCCAAAUCAGCAUUCGGUGGGGAUAGAUACAUUGUAUAUAGUAAUGUGAUCAACUGAACAAUAAUGUCUAGUUUUAGCACGGUAGUUGCUACAUUUUGGAACAAGCCUGUAGUUUUCACUUUUCACCGGGCUGGAUGCUAGCUGCCGCCAAAGCAAUAUUCAUUCACGCCCUCCCCCUAUGUUAAAGUGAUGUUGUAGUCCGGUUUCACCUCUGUCAUCACACAUCACAUGGAUGUCUACUUGUUCGUGCAUGAUGUGGAAUAUAUGUGAUUACAGAUUAUUUGUCAAAAUGUCUCUGCACACUUACAAUUCAAAUGAGUUCACCACUGGCUCUGCAGUAAUUAUAUAGUUACGCAAUUACAGCUCAAUACUCUUAUAUUCAAUGUAUGCAUUGUGAAUACGAUAUUAUGGUAAAUGUCUGCCUAAACAUCCACACAGUAAAUGUUUUCAGUUGCAUUCUCGUUGAUCUGUCACUUCUGUUAAAGCGUUAUCAAGUAGUGAGUUUAGACUAGAGGCCUUCAUUUGAAACCAGCUACUAUCCUAAAUCUCUUUUAAUUAUUCAGUAGGGUCUUACGUAAACUGAACAGAGCUGAUGCCAUUACAUUAAGGUGGGAAAGGUGACUGGCAUUUCUUUAAUCUGCAAUGCAUAUGACUGUCUCUCGAGUCAAAGAUAAAUCCUUAUCCUAGAUCCAGUUGCAUCUGAUAACAGAAUUUAACUCUGUGCCGGUAAUCUUUAGUAAUGAAUGCCAAACUUUAUGAAUGGAGAUAGCACAUCUGUGAUAUUCAGUGGUAUUUGCCUCUGGCAGCUUUGUAAGAUGUUUGUUUACAGUAACAAGGAGAGAGUUCAAAAUCAAGCUAGAAUUGAGAAACGCAUAUACAAACAUAUUUAAAAUAGCCAAAUAGUUUUGACAGUGGGAAAAAAAAAGUGGUUUGAAACCUGUACUACAGAAUUAACCCACGAAGGGGUGGGGGUAGUGAAUGCACCAGCUGUUAUUGAGAGCAAUGACCUGUCUGACUUAGUCCCUGUGUGUGUGCCAUUUCUCCUUGGCAACUGUGGGGGAUUCCCCACCUCUUACUGGUAAUGUUUACUUACCUUAUAGCUUUCUGUUAACUUGCACUGAACUUGGGCUGUGUCUAUUUUUGUUUUCCUUGGAACCUUCAUACUCCCUAGAGGAAAUUGUUGGAUUGGUAUAAACCACUCGUAGACUUCAAUGAGGAACUAGACCAGUAAAAAAGACGGUGUGGUUUCGUGGCUGUGUUGCUUCUCACCCGUAGCCUCUAAUGUGAAGUGUAGCUGAAGAAUACAGUGUAAUGGUCGGGAGUCUUGCCUCGUUCGGCAUCAAUAGUGGGCCACUCUGUGCUUCCGGAAGCCUGUGUGUGUGCAAGACAAAGGCUGGACCUCUUUGAAUGCAGGGCUGAGAUUUUGGAGUGAUACUUCAUCGAUCACCACCUUUCAAUGGCUGGGGCCACUGCUGGAAGUUUCAGUUCACAUUUGGACUCCAAGACCCACCUUGAACAGCUUGAUCUUUGCGCCAGAGUUUUCCUCAAUGCGUUCAACCCUAGGAUCCCAAGAGUACAGCCACCGCUGGAAGACAGAAUCUUCCCCACGCAGCAAGUCGCUGCAGUGUACAGCGUCCAGAGACCUCCCGGCCCCCCCUACACAGCACAUGACAUCGGCAAGGCCCACCCCAACCUAGCGGCCACACCGCCAGGCCACGCCUCGUCUCCCGGCCUCUCUCAGGUAUCAGUGUCCUCAGUGUCCACUGCGCAUCUGUAUGGCCAUCCUAAGAGCUGGGAGGCAGGAGGAGGGUCUCCGUACAGCUCUGGGCAGAAUGCAGGCACCACCCAGCUGGUGUACUCCCCGCCGACGCAGCCAAUGAACGCACAGCCUCAGAGCCGCCCGUAUGCGCCCGGGCCUCGUCCUACCCACCACCAGGGAGGAUUCAGACCCAUUCAGUUUUUUCAGAGGACCCAAAUGCAAACGGCGCGGCCCACCAUUCCAAACAACAACCCUUCCAUCAGGCCGGCCUCCCAGAACCCCACGGCCGUCUACAACCAUAACCAGCCCAUCAUGAUGACCAUGACGGCCAUGCCCUUCCCCUCGCCGCAGGCCCCACAGUACUACAUCCCACAGUACCGCCACAGUACCCCAUAUGUGGGCCCUCCGCAGCAGUACUCAGUGCAGCCCACGGGUCCCAGUACCUUCUACCCCGGGCCCAGUCCAGGGGAGUUCCCCACGCCAUAUGCCCCCUCCUACUAUCCUGGACAGCCUGUGUACACCCCCUCACAACCCAUAAUAGUGCCUACACCACAGCAACCUCCACCUGCCAAGAGGGAGAAGAAAACAUCCUCCAAGAUCCGUAUCCGAGAUCCCAACCAGGGCGGCAAGGACAUCACGGAGGAAAUCAUGUCCGGGGUCGGUGGGAGCCGUAACCCGACCCCACCUGUCGGAAGACCCUCCUCCACCCCCACACCUCCACAGCAGCUGGGCAGCCAGGUUUCGGAUCACGGACCCGUCAUGUAUAACGUGGACACUCCCGCUCCCGCUCCUGCCAUCGCACUCAGCCACGCUCCCCCCGUUGACUUGAAACCAGAUGACAAGCCAAAAUUGGAGCCCGCAGUGCUCAAGUCUUCAUCCCCAGGGCUGCGGCAACCAGACCCUCCAUCAGAGCAAAGGGACGUCAGAGGCCCUCUCCCACCCCACGAACCCUCCUCUUCCUCCUCCUCCACCGCCACCACCUCCCCCUCCACUUCCGUGUCUGCCCCCUCCUCCUCCCCCUCUUCAUCUGAGAAACCUGAGCUUCCCGCCAGUAGCCCGGAGGUGGCCCCUUCCUCCUCCUCCUCCUCCUCCUCCUCCUCCUCCUCCUCCUCCUCCUCCUCGAUAGCCCCAGCUUCAGGCCCGGGUCCUACUCUUGUCAUUAAACCAGAGCCCACAGCUCAGACCCCCCCUGAGCCUGCUUCCUGCUCUGAGGAGCCCAGACCUGCCCCAUUGGCCCUGAGCUUGAACCUCCAGAGAACCUCUCAGCCCGAGGGUGGCCCCCACCCCACUGACCUGGCCCCCAUCAGUCCCGCGGUGUCCCCUUCUCCUUGCCCAGUCCUCAAGGCUGUUAAUGGACUUGCUGAUGCAGACACUUCUGCUGCCCCCAUGGCCACUACCACCACCACAAGCACCAUCGCUGCUGCUGCUGCUGCUCCUUCUGCACCCUCUCUGUGCAACAGCUCCAGCCCCCAGCCCUCCGAGGCUCCCCAGCUGCCUGCCCUUGGCCGGGCUAGCCCAGCUCAACUGGCCCCGGAGCCCGAGUCGAGUCUCAGCACCCAGGGCCCCAAGGAGCCCGACACCACGCCGGUGCCCAAGGAGAGCCCUGAGGCUGCUGCAGAGCCUGCUGCUCCUAUGGUUCCUACUCCACCCAUCUCCUCCACAAACACUUCCACCAUCGCUGCUGCUGCUGCUGCUGUCGUCGCUGCUGCUGCUCCUGUUGCUGCUCCUGUUGCCGCUCCUGUUGCCGCUCCUGUUGCCGCUCCCCCCGGCCUGCAGCCCCCACCGGGCCUGCCCAUCCCACAGGCAGUAGCCCAGGCCAAGAGGCCCACAGAGGUCACGGAGGCUCCCAAGGCUGGGAGAGAAGCAGUGGUCACACCGGAAGACAAGGCCGAAGCUCAGCUACAGAUGUCGAGAAAAAGCUCAAAUCAAGCUACACCUAGUGCACCAAAGACCUGGACGAAGCCAAAAGAGGAGCUUUCUGCAGGACCUGUCUGUGCGGACAGAGAGGAGGAAGCACUGGAGGAAGCGCAGGAGGGUGCAUCUGCCGAGGUCGUGGAGAAGGCCAGCCCCAGCCCACCUCCCGUGGAGGUAAAUGCUGAGGCUGAGAAGAAGGAGAAGGAGCAGCCGGUGGCCUCAUCGUCUCCGUCUCCAUCUCCAUCUCCAUCUCCAUCAGCAGCGGCAGUGGUGGUGGAGGAGAACGGCGAGCAAGAGCCGGAGCCGUUGAGAAACGGAGCCGAGCACACGUCCGAGACGGACAGCAGCAACAGCGGCCUCACGCCAGGCCCCGGGGACGACUCCGCUGACCCUCUCGCACAGCCAGUUGAAGAGGACAAGAAGAAGCAGUAUAACCGGGACUUCCUGCUGGGCUUCCAGUUCAUGCCCGCCUGCGUGCAGAAACCAGAGGGCCUGCCGCCCAUCUCUGACGUGGUUCUGGACAAGGUUAACCAGAACAAGGUGCCACAGCGACAGGAACAGCGGCAGGAUCAGCGGGUCAUCUCACGAGGGCCAGAUUUCACCCCAGCCUUCGCUGACUUCAGCAGGCAGACACCAGGAAGCAGAGGAGCACCGAUGCUGAAUGUGGGUGGCCAACGGCGGCCCCCGCCACGUAAGAUCAUCAUGAACGUGUCGGUGGACGAGGUGCAGCUGAAGAAGUCCGAGAACGCCUGGAAGCCCGGCCUGAAGAGGGAGGUGACUGGAGGAGGCGCUGUGGAGGACCCUGACAUGACCAAAACACAGGACCUCUUCCGUAAGGUGCGCAGCAUCCUGAACAAGCUGACGCCGCAGAUGUUCAACCAGCUGAUGAAGCAGGUGACGGAGCUCACCAUCGACACAGAGGAGCGUCUCAAGGGCGUCAUCGACCUCGUCUUCGAGAAGGCCAUCGAUGAGCCCAGCUUCUCAGUUGCCUACGGCAACAUGUGCCGCUGCCUCGCCACACUGAAAGUGCCAAUGGCAGACAAGCCUAACGGCACAGUGAACUUCCGCAAGCUGCUGCUGAACCGCUGUCAGAAGGAGUUUGAGCAGGGCAAAGUGGACGACGACGCCUUCGAGAAGAAGCAGAAAGAGCUGGAAUCUGCUGCCUCGGCCAGCGAGCGGGAUCACCUGCAGGCCGAGCUGGAGGAGGCCAAGGACAAGGCGCGCCGACGCUCCAUCGGCAACAUCAGGUUCAUCGGCGAGCUCUUCAAGCUGAAGAUGCUGACCGAAGCCAUCAUGCACGACUGCGUGGUCAAGCUGCUCAAGAACCACGACGAGGAGAGUCUGGAGUGCCUCUGCCGCCUGCUCACCACCAUCGGCAAGGACCUGGACUUUGAGAAGGCCAAGGGUCAGAGAACAAGAGGGACACAGGUGGAGCCCCGGAUGGAUCAGUAUUUUAACCAGAUGGAGAAGAUUGUCAAAGAGCGGAAGACAUCUUCCCGCAUACGCUUUAUGCUGCAGGAUAUCAUCGAUCUGAGACUGCACAACUGGGUGUCACGCCGAGCCGACCAGGGCCCCAAGACCAUUGAGCAGAUCCACAAGGAUGCCAAGAUCGAGGAGCAGGAGGAGCAGAGGAAGGUCCAGCAGCAGCUCCUGUCGAAGGACAGCAAUAAGAGAAGACCAGUGGUGCAAAGAGAAGUGGUGCAAAGAGAAGAGACCUGGAACACUGUGCCCAUGACUAAGAACAGCAGGACAAUAGACCCCAGCAAGAUCCCCAAAAUCUCUAAGCCUACCCUAGAUGAUAAGAUCCAGCUGGGUCCCCGGGCAGGAGCCCUGAACUGGAUGAAGGGCAGCAGUGGGGGAGCUGGAGCCAAGGCCAGCGAGUCGGACGUGUCCAGGACCAGUGCCAGUAGUCUGAACCGCUACUCCGCCCUGCAGUCCUCCAGCUCUCAGGCCCCCAGCAGCACCUCCCCCCCCACGGAGGUGGACUCCAGGAGGAGCCUCAGCAGCCGCGGCAGCUCUGGGCGAGAGCGCAACGACAAGCCGGCGAGCUCGGCCCCAUCCCGUCCUGGGUCCCUCUCUCUGGGUGGCAGCGGGGGCAGUAAGGAGGCCUCAGACGAGCUGUCACAGGAGGACCCCCGCAGGGAGGCCUCCGACUCACCCAAACUUCAGGGCGGCGACAAGGCCAAGUCUGACCGCAGUCGCUCCAGGGACUCAGUAAAAGUUGAAACCCCAGCCAGCCUCUCUCCUGACAAGCCUGCCCUGUCAGAGGAGGAGAUGGAGAGGAGGUGCAAAGCCAUCAUUGAUGAGUUUCUGCACAUCAAUGAUUCUAAGGAGGCGGUGCAGUGUGUGGAGGAGAUGGAGCAGGCGUCCGUGCUGCACGUGUUUGUGCGGGUGGGGGUGGAGUCGACGCUGGAGCGCAGCCAGCUCACCCGAGACCACAUGGGUCAGCUCUUCCACCAGCUGGUGCAGGCUGGGACCCUCUCCAAACCUCAGUUCUUUAAAGGGUUCUCUGACACCCUGGAGCUAGCAGAUGAUAUGGCCAUUGACAUUCCCCAUAUAUGGCUGUAUCUGGCGGAGCUGGUCAACCCCAUGUUCCGAGAAGGAGGAAUCUCUAUGAGAGAAUUAUUUAGUGAAUUUAGCAAACCUUUACUCCCUGUGGGAAGAGCUGGGAUAUUAUUUUCUGAAAUAUUGCACCUUCUAUGCAAACAAAUGAGCCAUAGGAAAGUGGGGGCCUUAUGGAGGGAAUCAGGACUGAGUUGGGCAGAUUUCCUACCGGAGGGCUCCGAUGAGCAAAGCUUUAUUGCUGAGCAGAAACUAGAGUUUACCCUAUCGGAGAGCUUGAGCCUCACCGAAGCCCCUUCGAAGAAAACACUUUCGCCUGAGGAGCUGAACAAACAACUUGAAAAACUACUCCUAGAGGACAUGGCCGGCGAUGAACAAAUCUUCGACUGGGUAGAGGCCAAUCUGGAUGAAGCUGAGAUGAGCUCCCCCCCCUUCCUGAGAGCUUUAAUGACUGCUGUGUUCAAGGCAGCAGUGAAAUGGGAAGCCUCCUCCUGUCGAGUGGACACAGCCAUCAUCCAGAAGAGGUUGCCUGUAUUACUCAAGUACCUUAACUCGGACACAGAGCGCCAGUUGCAAGCACUUUAUGCACUUCAAGCAUUGAUAGUUAAACUGGACCAGCCUCCAAACUUGCUCCGGAUGUUCUUUGACUGUUUGUAUGACGAGGACGUGAUCUCGGAGGACGCGUUCUACAAAUGGGAGACGAGCAAAGACCCUGCUGAGCAGCUGGGCAAGGGCGUGGCCCUCAAGUCUGUCACCGCCUUCUUCACUUGGCUGCGCGAGGCUGAGGAGGAGUCAGAGGACAAUUGACAAAGGGCUGUAGGACAAAAAAGGAAAAAAACAAACAAAAACAAAAAAAACAAUAGGAAAAGAAAAUGGACCUGUUUGCCAAUUUAGUGCUAAAAGGACAAUGGUCGCUGCAAAAGAUAACUGCAUUAUCUAAAACAAAACAAAAAAAACGUAACAAAGCCACACAUAUGCAUCGGCUGGCAGAGAGGAAGAGGAUGAUGGCGAUGAAGGGUGAGAGGUUUAUGGUACGGUUUUCCACUCCCGCAACGACGUGACUUAACUUUGUUGGAGCACUAAAAAAAAAAAGAAGAAAAAAAGAAAAAAAACAUGUAUUAUUUAUAGAACUAUUUCAGUUAAAAAGUUUUAAAUUUUCUUUCUUUUGUUACUUUUUAAGAAAAAAAAAGACUUUAAUAAUACGAAAAAACAUGCUACAAAGGAAAAAAAACAUCAGUUCAGACUCUUUAAUUUAUUUUUUUUAAGAACUGCAGAUAUGAAAUGUAUUUAACAUUUGCAGGUGGUCAGAAUGUGAAGGCGUUGGAGGAUAUAGAAAUAAUGAAUUAAAAUUAUGUUAAUAAUAUUAAUGAUUAAUAAUUAUGGUAAAAGUUGUUCUAAACAGCCUCCCUAAUUUACCAGUUGUUCGGUUGUGAACACGCGACGCCUCUGUGGCAAAGGAGGGGUACUAGGGAGGAUUCAUGGUUUAGCACGUCAAAAAGUUUAAGGUUAUCGAGGGGAUAACCACACAAAUCCCUUCUGCUUUAGCUUGCUCUACGACACUUAUAAUCCGGCAGAGUGGCAGAACUAUGCAUUCAGGAGACUACAACAGGCCGUGAAUCAACAACAAAACAUUUGAAUGAAUGGAAUUAAAAGAGCAAGCAUCUUGUACAAAAACACUAAGAGAUGAUGCUGAACCUAAAGUGCUUGUAAUUCUUCAUACUGAUAGAGCAAAUCUAAAGCUUGUAAAUAAAUGAAAAAAAGAAAUAAAAAACAAAACCAA